GUGGUUGAGGUUUCCAGGGGAUGGGGUGGGAACUAGACGGGGAACCUCCUUUUCUGCGCGAUUGCCAGCUAGCAGAGUUGCCGCCAGUAGCUGAAAAGCGAGCGGCUCGGGGUGGAGAACGGUUUUAGUUAAAGGUACAGAGCUGACUUAGUUCGGGCUCCGGAGAUUGCAGUCACGCUGGGAUUGGGGUCCGUUUCCAUCUGCAUCUGAACCAUGAGAGAGGUAUCAUUAUAUCGUCGCUGCUACACACAUGAAAUGAGUUGAAUAUUUUUUGACUUCUGGGUUGACGGUAGCUUGGCCAAACAGUUAUGGGAAACGGACUGACAAUGAAUCCAGGAUGUUUACUUUUUACUUGUAUUUUCUGAUUACAGAUAAAGAUGUCUUUCUCCUUUUAACCGCCGCAGCAGAUUACUAGACACUAUUGACAAGAAAUAAAAAAAGCCUUUGGAGGCCAUAUCGUCUUCACGAGCACCUUCUUAGAACCCAUUUCUGUGUUUUGGGAUGGCAAAAGGACCAUUUUCACAUCCAGAGCUAAGAAAACACUGUGACUGUUGGAAAUGAACUUGAAGGAAUUUUACACCUUGACUAUGCAAAACUCUGCCCUUGCAUUGGUUUUUUAAAAAUAACUAAAUUCUGCUAUUUAAUUGAUGCCUUUUUAAAAUACUAAAUUAUUUACUUCUUUUGCCUAGGUCUCUGUGUUGGCUAGUUGAAACAAAAAAAUAAAUAUGGCCUUCCACAGUUAUAAUUCAUUCUUAGCUAUUUUGUGGACAAGAUUGCCUAGCCAUUUUGUCUAUCCUUCCUGCUCUCACUCCCCAUCACUUGCAUCUCUCCACUUGCCAGAUUCUCAUUUACGUGUGACCUAUGUGAAAAACUAUGGAAGCAGGAAGUACUCCUAUCCCAGUCUGCCAGGCAACAAGGUCCAUCCUUUACGAACCAGACUCACACAAAAACUACACACAUCGACUUGCUGGCUACAAAAUGUCCCCAAUAAACCUCAGCCGGAGCAAAUCCCAGAAAUGCCUAAGCCGCCAACAAUCCCUCAGCCUCCCAAAGAAGCGAAGACAGAUGCAGAAGAGAAGCGAUCUUUUGGACAAAAAAUCAUGGACGAAUUUAAACAUUAUUACAAUGGAUUCUCUUUACUUUGGAUUGACACCAAAGUCGCUGCCAGAAUAGUUUGGAGGCUGCUGCAUGGACAGACGCUAACGAGACGAGAGAGGCGAAGGCUAUUGAGAACUUGCGCUGAUGUCUUCCGCUUGGUUCCAUUUAUGGUGUUCAUAAUUGUACCUUUCAUGGAAUUCCUGAUACCAGUGUUUCUGAAGCUCUUCCCAGACAUGUUGCCAUCAACUUUUGAAAGUGAAUCCAAAAAGGAAGAAAAACAGAAAAAGAAGAUGGCUGCAAAAUUGGAAAUAGCAAAAUUCCUUCAGGAGACAAUGACAGAAAUGGCGAGGAGAAACCGAGCCAAGCUGGGAGACGACUCCUCACAGCUCUCCUCCUAUGUAAAACAGGUCCAAACAGGCCACAGGCCCAGCACUAAGGAGAUAGUUCGCUUCUCUAAACUCUUCGAGGAUCAGUUGGCCCUGGAACACUUAGAUCGCCCCCAGCUGGUUGCCCUGUGCAAGCUGCUGGAAUUGCAGUCCUUUGGAACAAACAAUUUGCUCCGCUUCCAGCUCCUCAUGACGCUGAAGUCCAUAAAAGCAGAUGACCAAAUAAUUGCCCAAGAAGGGGUGAAGACUUUGAGCGUGUCAGAACUACAGGCUGCCUGCCGGGCCCGAGGGAUGAGAUCGCUAGGCCUCACAGAGGAGCAACUGAGGCAGCAGCUCACAGAGUGGCUGGACCUCCACCUGAAGGAGAAUGUGCCCCCUUCCCUUCUGCUCCUGUCUCGAACCUUCUACCUGAUAGACGUGAAGCCAAAGCCUAUCGAGCUGCCACCGAGCAUAGAGGUUCCCAAGACAAACCCUGUCGUUCUGCCAUCUACACCCCGUGAGUCACAAGAAGAGGUUGUCGAUCCUGCACCUCAGCUGAAGGAAACCAAGGAUGAAGAAUUUAUACAGCUGUCCCCAGUACCAUCCCCACUCAUCACACCAUCAGCAACCAUUUCCAAAGAAGCAAUCCUCCAGGCCAAAUCCCAGAAGACCUCCCAGAACAGCAAGGCGAAUUCCAAAGGAGCCUAAGGACCCCUUGAAGAUGGAGCUCACUCUCUCCAGUCACUGUCCCCUCAGCAGUGACAUCCAUGAAGGAAUUCUAAGCUAAGACUGUCUAGCUUGAGAUAAAGGAUGAGUCAUUAAGUCGUUGGAGGCCUCGUGACCAUUCCAGAGCCUCCAGCAGUGACACCAUGUUCAGGCCAUUUAGAGAAGCUUAAUUGCAGUCUAUGUCUACUGUAUCAAUGUGUCGUCCCACUAAACUUCGUAUAAAGCCCACUCCCACGUUGUUUCGGAA